AUGACAAAAAAUUUCAAGUCUGCAUGCUAUCGCUAUCCUGCGUCUAAAGCCUCUCGAUUCUGCGGUUCGCCGCGAGGUUUCCACUCGUCGCAUAAGCGCAAUUCACACGCGUCGACUGAUCCUCGUCUAGAUGGCCUAGGCAAAGUCAUCAAGGACGAAUACGCAGUAAUAAGAGAUCACUAUGAUUGCCCCAAGUACCCUAUAGUUCUCGCGCAUGGACUACUAGGAUUCGAUGAGCUACGUCUUGCUGGGCCCUUUCUCCCUGGGGUUCAGUACUGGCGAGGGAUCAAAGAUGCACUGUCGAUGAAAGGAAUCAAAGUUAUCACAGCAACCGUGCCACCUUCAGCUUCGAUUGAGAUGCGUGCGGCACAGCUAGCAAAUGAUAUUGCGCUCGGCGCGCGCGGAAAGAAUGUAAAUAUAAUUGCUGGUCUUGACGCCCGGUAUAUGAUCAUGCAUUUGAAGCCGAAGGAUUUCACAGUGUCCUCUUUGACCACCAUAGCGACUCCACACCGAGGGUCCGCGGUGGCAGACUAUGUCAUUGAACAGAUCGGUGACGAUCGCCUGGCGCAAAUAUACUACGCUCUUGACCGGCUCAAGGUCGAAACUGGGGCCUUUUCCCAGCUGACACGCAAAUACAUGGAACAGACGUUCAACCCAAGCACGCCAGACAUUGAUGAUGUCCGGUACUUUUCCUAUGGGGCGGCAAUGCAGCCAAGCUUUUGGUCUGUCUUCCGCCUGUCCCACCGUCUCCUCGAACAAAUCGAAGGGCAUAACGACGGGCUUGUCAGUGUAGCCAGCAGCAAGUGGGGAGGAGCGGAUGGCUACAAGGGUACACUCAUGGGUGUGAGCCACUUGGACCUCAUCAAUUGGAGCAACCGCCUGAAGUGGCUUGUUGGUGAGAUCACUGGGAACCGACCAAAGUUCAAUGCGGUUGCAUUCUAUUUAGAUAUUGCAGGUACGCGCUGA